ACCCUUGUGGCCUUUUCUUUCUUGUAUUUAUUUAUAAAGGAACUAAGAAUCUCAUUUAUAUGUGAGCAGAUCCAUAUCCAAAACAAAACAAUACCCUUUUUUUUCCUCCUGGUUUUUUGUGAUUGAAAAAGAAAAUGGGGAAAGGAAGAGCCCCCUGUUGUGAUAAGGAGAAAGUGAAGAGAGGUCCAUGGAGUCCUGAGGAGGAUUUGAGGCUCAUCUCCUUCAUUCAGAAGCAUGGUCACCAGAACUGGAGAGCUCUCCCUAAACAAGCUGGGCUACUUAGAUGUGGAAAGAGUUGCCGUUUAAGAUGGAUUAAUUACCUGAGGCCAGAUGUCAAGCGUGGGAACUUCACCAAAGAUGAAGAAGACGCAAUCAUAAGGCUACAUCAGACUUUGGGAAACAAGUGGUCUAAGAUAGCAGCACAUUUACCUGGAAGAACAGACAAUGAGAUAAAGAAUGUGUGGAACACUCAUUUGAAGAAGAGAUUGGUUUCAAAGAAUGAAAAUACUCAACAAAAAGAUGAAUCCAAGGACUCUUCCAUGGCUACAUCAUCAUCAAGUUCAUGCAUCUCAUCAUCAAGUGGCAAAAACUCUGGAGAGGUACUUGCAAUGCCAGUAUCAGACAAUUCUCAAGACUUCAAAACUGAUCAGCUAUCAAACCAUAGAAGUAGAAGCAGCAGCAGCAGCCCAUCUGAGGAGCCGGAAGGAUUGUCAAGUUCUUCGAUCUCUUCCAACGUCACGAAUUCCAGUCAGGUUGGUGUUUCAAAUCCAGAAGACCAAGUAGGUUCUUUGUUCAACUUCAUAGGAGGCUAUUACGACGUUAAUAACAAUACAUCGGAGGAGGUGAACAAACCGGAUAUCCUCGAUACUGCCCUUGACAUCUCGUUUGAGUCCGAUUUGGAGUUUUGGAACAUGUUGGAUAGCUUCGGACCAUUCCAAUCUGAUGAGAUCGAAUCAGUGGUUAAUGUACCUGGAACAUGA